AUGAAAAUGGACUCUUGGCAACGCAACCUCCGCAUGAUGCACCAUCUCAACGAGUUCCUCGACCUCGACUCGGCCAAAUCUAACGUCGUCGAUGAAUUCGUCUCCCUCUUCAACGCCAUCCGCGAAGGUCUCACGCACAUCGAUGACGAUUUCCAGAUCCCCGAUUCACAAAUCAACAUGUUGUUCCUGUCGAAAUUGAAAUCGCGGCCGGAAUGGGCCGAUUGGGCGACGGCCUUGCUGCGCGAUCCGCAGGUAAAUGGUUCUGACUCGACAGCGCGGAUCUCGUUUCAGGAAUUGGCCCGGUGGGCUAGGGAGGAGGAAAAGGCGAUCCAGGUGCGGGAGGAAGAAGAGGAAGAGGAAGACCAUGACUCAGGGAUUGAGCUACCGGUUCAACCACCGCCGUCGACGUUGCCGGCUGAUCAUGAGAGCGCGAUUGAUCCGAUGGGUUGGGAUGGUGCAGCGCCAAGGAUACAGAGCAGAUCUCGGGCGCUUACUCAGGAUGAGAUCAACGCAUUUGUCGUCCAGAAGAUGAACCAGGAAGGGGUCUACAGAAGCGGGGGUACCAAAGGUCACCGCAAACGACCUAGUCAAGAAGAAAUCAAUCAAUACGUGGUUGAACAGAUGCGCAGAGAACAGGACCGGGGAACGCGAGCGCGAAGCUACAGUCAGCCAGAGCCGAGGAUUGCAAAUCGUCACCACCAAGAACAACACAUGGGACGUCAGCAGUCGGCACGAGUCCCUCGUUGCAGGUUCUGCGGUGAUCUCCAUCCGUCGGAUCGUUGUUGGCGUCGCUGGAGAGUAGCCGUCGAGGCACCCCAGGCCAACUUCUUCCCUAAGCGAGUGGAAUACCGUACCGAGGUUCCCGGUCAACCGCCUAUGUAUCGCACUGGGUUUACUCUCUACUGA